CGUCCGCACUUCUUCCGUCGGUCCUUCCUUCCUGCCUGCCUGCCGCGCCCGCACGCUUCGAGGCAUGGGGCAGAGCCUCCGGCCGGCCCGCGCCACCUGAGGAUCCCGGAAGCCGCCCCCGCCAUGGAAGAGGACCAGGAGCUGGAGAGAAAAAUGUCUGGAAUGAAGACCUCAAUGGCUGAAGGCGAGAGGAAGACAGCCCUGGAGAUGGUCCAGGCGGCUGGGACAGAUAGACACUGUGUGACAUUUGUGUUGCACGAGGAGGACCAUACCCUAGGAAAUUCUCUUCGGUACAUGAUCAUGAAGAACCCGGAAGUGGAAUUCUGUGGUUACACUACAACCCAUCCUUCAGAGAGCAAAAUUAACUUGCGCAUACAGACCCGAGGUGCCCUCCCCGCGGUCGAGCCCUUUCAGAGAGGCCUGACUGAGCUCAUGAAUGUCUGCCAGCAUGUGCUUGACAAGUUCGAGGCCAGCAUAAAGGAAUAUAAAGAUCAAAAGGCCAGCAGAAACGAAGCCACAUUCUAGUCUCUCACCAUACAGGGAGAACUGACCUCUAGGAUAUUCUGUAUGUGCUCUUGGCAAAACCCAGAAGUAAAAGAUUGUGGUGACAGCACGAUGUGACCUGCAGAAGGGCCUGCUUCUAGCUCAUAACUCAUCUUAGCUGUUGGAGUCCCUGCGAGAAACUGUAUUCUUCUAAUAAAUUCCCUCUUGUACUCAAACUGA